UACUGGGUGCUACUACUAGUUUGGUGUAGGUUGCUUCACGUGUUAAACGCCCGCACGCCAUGAUCCAGCUACACUUUCUCCACUGCUGAAAGCAUUGAGGCCCCCGGUCAGGCCGCCGACGCAUAUUUGGUUGUCUCCGCCGGCGGGGGUUUUCAGCCCUAUCCCCCUCACUUCCCUGGGCGUCAAAUCCACACCUCCCGACGUCGGGAGCACGUCCUCCGCCUCCCUCCGGCGCGAGCACGUCCUCUCCUUCCUGCAACCUCCCUCGUGAGCAGCGGCGGGCUCAGCCUCAUCACGGUCGCCUCUUCUUCUCUCUCGCACCAGCAGCGACGCCUCGGGUGGUGAUCUCCAUCCUGCGACCUCCACCUCCCUCCGGAUCUGCUCCUCUUCCAGCAUUUCCCGAGCAGAUCCGGUGGCUUCUCUCCAAGAUCAGGACACCGGUAGUCCACUAUGGAGGCGCCUUCGUCAUCCCCUACUCUGCAAGAUCAUCUCUCCCAGCCAACUGGCCCCUUGCAUCUCAAAGUAUGGGAGGUUGUAUGCAUUGCCUUGGGAGUGUUCAUGGCGGUCGUCUUCUUUUUGACUGUCUGGCUCACUAUGCGGAGUAGGAAGAGGACCAGACGAGCAUCUGCAAAUAUCCCAGUCACCCAAAUCCCUGCCAUUUCCAAGGAAAUCAAGGAAGUGAGGGUGGAGCAAGUCCCUGCAACUGACUUUGGGGCGCAUGACGGAGUCCUACUAACGAUCCAAGACAAGCCUAGUGACCGGGAAUCAGACAAGGUCAUGGUCCAUUUGGGUGUAAGCAGAUCGAGACGUGGGGACGAGAGCCACUCAGGGUCAUUCCGUUACAUGGACAAGGAUGCAGGCUUUCAAUCAGCUGAAGAAGGAGGGUCGGGAACUUUUCGGCAAGCUUCAACUCAUGGAAUAACCGCUCCUUCACCUUUGGUUGGCUUGCCAGAGUUCUCCUACCUUGGCUGGGGUCAUUGGUUUACUUUGAGGGAUUUGGAACUUGCCACUAACCGUUUUUCCAAGGAUAACAUUAUUGGUGAGGGUGGAUAUGGUGUAGUUUAUCGUGGCGAGAUCGUCAAUGGCACUCCUGUUGCUGUCAAAAGGCUUCUCAAUAACCUAGGGCAAGCUGAGAAGGAAUUCAGAGUAGAAGUUGAGGCUAUUGGUCAUGUUCGCCACAAGAACUUAGUCCGUCUUCUUGGUUACUGUGUGGAGGGUACUCAGAGGAUACUUGUCUAUGAAUAUGUGAACAAUGGAAACCUAGAGCAAUGGCUUCAUGGAGCUAUGAGUCACCGGGGCUCCCUUACAUGGGAGGCCCGCAUAAAGAUUCUUCUAGGGACAGCUAAAGCGCUUGCUUACUUGCAUGAGGCAAUUGAACCAAAAGUCGUGCACCGUGAUAUCAAAUCCAGCAAUAUUUUGAUUGAUGAUGAUUUUGACGCUAAAGUAUCAGAUUUUGGUUUAGCGAAGCUUCUUGGUGCCGGCAAGAGUCAUGUAACUACUCGGGUUAUGGGAACCUUUGGCUAUGUGGCACCAGAAUAUGCAAACACUGGACUGUUGAAUGAGAAAAGUGACAUUUACAGCUUUGGAGUUGUUAUUCUAGAGGCAAUUACAGGGAGGGAUCCUGUUGACUAUGGUCGCCCGGCAAAUGAGGUAAAUCUGGUUGACUGGUUAAAAAUGAUGGUUGCUAGCAGGCGUUCAGAGGAGGUGGUGGAUCCCACCAUAGAGACACGGCCUUCGACAAGGGUUCUGAAGCGUGCACUUCUAACAGCUUUGAGGUGCGUGGAUCCGGAUUCAGAAAAGAGACCGAAGAUGGGUCAAGUUGUGCGGAUGCUGGAGUCAGAUGACCCAAUUCCUCGUGUGGACAGAAGAUCGAGGCAUAACCGCGGGGGGAGCACCGAAAUGGACUCCCAACGGGAGAACUCCGACACGGACAAGAGUGACAACCCAGAUUCCAAACCAAGCAGGAGCAGAGCAUCAUCUUCCAAAUGAGCACACAAGCAUUCACAUUUCUCCAACAAGCUAGUAACGAUGGAAGCUUUGACUACAAUGGCUGAUGAAAAACGUGUAUUUCGUGUUGUUUCUGGAUGGCUGUAACAUUUUUUAUGUAUGAUUUAUUUGUAGAGGCUAUUGGUUUUCUAGUUUCUACUACCUAACAAUUUAUUUGUAUCUACACCAGUUGUUGACGAUGAUGUGCUGCUGUAAGUUGUUAACAGUGCUGUGUACAGUUGUAGGCUCAUGAGUACUGGCACAAGAGAGUAUCCUGUGUGAAUUUAAUGGAAAGUUGUUGUCCGUCCA